UUCCUGCGGGUAUUCUUCUUAGAAUUCAACAUCUCCGGGACUCUGGCUAUCUCUGUCUCAGCCACCGACAAAUUCAUUCGUCUCCGAUCAAAAUCUCAUCUUUCUGAUCGCAAUGCAUACUCUCAAGGACAAAGUCUCCCAAAAGCUUUCUAAUCUCUUCGCUGAUUCCCCAAGCCAAUCUGCUUCUCCACGCUUCUCCAACUCCGAUUCUCCAAAGGCCAGGCUGAGUUCAAGUGUAGGCAAAUCUUUGUCUUCGUAUUUCUCUUUUGUUGUUCCUCAAUCUGGGAAUGAUGAUGAUGAUUCGGAAUCAUGUCCUCCUCCUCUUCCCAUUAGAACAGACAGUUCUGAGUCUAUUGAGAAUUGUAAACCUGAAUAUGGGCAAGAUAAAGCUGGGACCUUUGUAUCCAAUGGUGAAGAUAAGGAAUCAGAUAAGGGCCGUGAGUUACGUGUUUCGGCGAAAGUAGAAAGCGGUAACGAUUACUUGGAAGGGGUGAAGCAGAUGAGAGAAUUAACAGAAAGCUCGGUUUUUAUUACUGCUAACUUGUGUGAAUUCUUACAAGCGUGUCUUCCCAAUAUUGUAAGAGGCUGCAAAUGGUUCUUGUUGUAUAGUACGUUGAAACAUGGCAUAUCUCUCCGUACGCUUCUACGAAGAAGCGGAGAGCUUCCUGGUCCUUGUUUACUGGUUGCUGGAGACAAACAAGGUGCGGUUUUUGGCGCUUUACUGGAAUGUCCAUUGAGACCUACUCCUAAGAGAAAAUAUCAGGGUACAAGCCAGACUUUUUUGUUCACAACUAUUUAUGGUGAACCACGCAUAUUUAGACCUACAGGUGCCAACCGAUAUUAUCUGAUGUGUAUGAAUGAGUUUUUGGCAUUUGGAGGUGGUGGAAACUUUGCUCUAUGCUUAGACGAAGAUUUGUUGAAGGCAACAAGUGGACCUUCUGAAACAUUUGGGAACGAAUGCUUAGCUAGCAGCACGGAGUUUGAGUUAAAGAAUGUCGAGCUCUGGGGAUUUGCGCAUGCGUCUCGAUACCUCUCCUCCUGAUCUUAGAGAUCCCUUUCUUUGUCAAGAAUCAAGAUACCUCAAUAGAAAGCAAAGAUAACCGUCUUUUUUUUUUUUUUUUCAAUCAGUUAAUUGUUUCAAAGUUAUGAUUAGGCUCAAGACAGUUUUUUCAGGCUUUAAUCGGUUGAAACUUGAAAGAGUGACAAUAUUACAUGUUUGUAUCUGUGAAUUACUGAAUCUCAGUUAUAGUAACUGAGAAUACUAAUUCAGCUGGGACCUUAUUGGAGAUUAAUUUGACUGUAAUUCUAAGAUAGUGCUAUUGUUUAUUA